UGACGAAAAAAAACUGGGCGUUUGAAAAUGGGCAUUUCGAAGAACUUAUAGGGGUAUCUUAUAGCGAGGUUAAGGCUGGAAGAUUUUAAAAAAGUUCAUAUUCAAAAGAUAUUUUUUCAAGGCUCGCCUUAUAGUUAAAAUGUUUGAAGCUGCAAUUAAAAAUUUGGAUGUGGAGCAGAACAAAAGGACUGACACUGAUAGCGGGUUUGAUCCUAAACUUCUUGGUCAAGCACAUGGAUAUCUUCGGCCUUACGGGUUUACUAGUGCUUUGUGGGAGGCGUUUGGAGAGGCGGUUAUUGAUAUUGUUGUAAAUCAAGAAGCUGUUCGUGAUUUACCCGGUGCUAGUCAGGCAUGGGUUGUUUUAACUGCUUGUCUUGUAGACCAAUUAAGGGCCGGAUUUGACUCUUCCUCGCGUGAAUGUCCAUUUAAACACCAACAAAGUAAACAAAGAGGUAGAGGAUAA